AUGUCGUCACUAAGUGUUCAGAAAGAUGAAUUAGAAGCCUCCAUUCGUAAUUUAACUACCACUGCCGAAAUACCAUUGUCACCACUUCUGUUAUCAGGAGAGGCAAUGUCCACUGACGAUGUUAAAGCAGACCAAAACUCGGCGGAAUUAGGACAAAAUAUUAACGCCGACCAAACAACAUCUGCUAGUGCUGAUGAUUUAAAAGAAUCCCAGCCAGUAUCAGAUAAUACUGAGGAAAAGGAAGCAAAUAAUGAGCCAAAAAAGAAAAAGGGACCGAGUUUAACUAUUCAAAUUCCUCAGGAAAACAAAUUAAUCGAUAAAACUCCUCAUCCGGUAUUUGCUGAAUUAGAAGAGCUGGUUGCGGUUGAUGAUAGUGGAGAAGAGUUAGCUUGGAAAGAGAAAGCACGAUGGAUUAAAUUUGAAGAAGAUGUUCAAGAAGCAGCUGAUCGAUGGGGAAAGCCACAUGUGGCUUAUUUAUCAUUUCACAGCUUGUUGGAGUUGAAGCGCUGUUUAGAAGUCGGUACGGUUAUGCUAGAUAUGAAAGAAAGCGAUUUCGGCAGUAUUGCCAUUUCUUUAGUAGAAACUCCUACUCGAAAAAGCGAUUCUGGUUCUAAGGGUGACAUAUCCAAAACAGAACUAUACCAGGAUGCCCCUGCUUCUGGAGCUGGUGUUCGUGACGUUCCUAAUAGUGAAAAUGUUGAUUCAAGCCAAUUUGUUAGUUUAGAAAUGGUAAGUGAUACAGCAGAGAAAGCAUCAUCUAACGAUGAACAGGCACAGAAUCCGCCACAAGCUGAGGUAUUUACACCAUUUGUUCCCAUGACUCCAGUAUCGCCUAGUAUGCAGCAAGCAGAGAAAGGUGUGUUAUCACCAUCGGUGGCAUUUUUGCAGGAAUCGAGGGAUCAAAUUCGUGCUAAUUUAGGCAAAUCAGUGACUAAUUUAGAUAAACAGGAAGAGAUUGAAGAAUGCGACGAUUCAGGCAUAUUACGCAAGAUUCCGUCAGGUUCUGAGGCUUGUACCGUCCUCGUCGGUACCGUUAAUGACAUGAAAAAGCCAAUUGUCGCCUUUGCGCGAUUGACGAAAGGGAGACGAUUAGGCAAUUUAGCCGAAGCACCCAUACCAGUUCGUUUUAUUUUCAUCAUGAUGGGUCCGGAAGAUGAUACUAUUAACUAUUACGAAAUUGGAAGAUCAAUUUCAACAUUGAUGUCAAAUGAGAGCUUUAAUCAAGCAGCUUACGCUGCUGAGACACGCAUGGACUUAUUGAAUGCGAUUAACCAGUUUCUGGAUCAAAGCGUUGUCUUACCGCCUGGUGAUUGGGAUAAAGAUAUGUUGGACCCAGUAACGCUACCAGAUAAUUCUAACCGUAUCGGUAGUACAGUCAGAAUAUUAGCAGAUGAGAACGAGCUAUCACCACGAUUUGCCGAUGUUCAUAUGGUUGGACAAGAAGAAAAUGAUCCAUUGAAAAGAACAGGGCGAUUAUUUGGAGGCUUUAUCAAUGAAUGCAAGAAGCGCUAUCCUUAUUACGUUAGUGAUUUCAAAGACGGAUUAAAUUUUCAAACUUUGGCAGCUUUUAUUUUCAUUUACUUUGCAUGCAUUUCACCAGCAAUUACAUUCGGAGGUUUAAUUAGUUCAAAAACCGACGGUUGGAUUGGUGUAAGCGAAAUGAUAUUAGGUACAGCUAUUAUUGGUCUUAUGUUUGCAUUCUUUGCUGGGCAGCCAUUAGCUAUCAUAGGUUCUACUGGGCCUAUAUUGAUAUUUGAAGAAAUUGUUUAUGAGCUGUGUGGCCAGUUUAAUAUCGAAUAUAUCGUUUUCCGAUUCUGGAUCGGUGCGUGGGUUAUGAUUAUAUGUUUUGUAACCGUGGCAUUAGAAGGAAGCUUUCUUGUACGCUAUUUUUCACGAUUUACUCAAGAGAUAUUCUCCGCUUUGGUAUCCAUCAUUUUUAUCUACGAAGCUUUCUUUAAUCUCAUUAAGAUCUACGAAAAUCAUCCUCUCAUAAGCGAUUAUUGCACAGUGGUAGAAAACAAUCUUUCCACUACCAACGCCACUAUACCUAUUUCAUUUUUCAAUAGCAAUAUAUCAAAUACAACAUCUGCUGUACAAGUGAUUCCACCUCGCCCCAAUACCUCUUUACUUUCCACUAUCUUAAUGUUGGGAACAUUUGGUCUGGCCAUGUUCUUCCGCCAAUUUAGAAAUAGUCAAUAUUUAGGACGCCAGGCCCGCCAAAUUAUCAGUGAUUUUGGUAUCCCAAUCUCAAUUGCAGCCAUGGUAGUCGUUAAUCUUUUGAUUCAUGGUGUUUAUGUUAGAACAUUGGAAGUACCAGGUGGUCUAUCGACAACUUCUCCACAUAAACGGGGCUGGUUAAUAAACCCUCUUGGAUUAAAAGAACCUUUCCCGGUUGGAUUAAUGUUUUUAGCGGCUGUUCCAGCUUUGCUGGUUUUGAUUUUAUUGUUUAUGGAAACAGAAAUUACAUUGCUUUUAGUUAAUAAAAAAGAGAAUAAGAUGAAGAAGGGAUCUGGGUUCCACAUUAACUUACUCCUUGUUGGUAUUGGUGUCGGUAUAACAUCACUUAUUGGUGCUCCAUGGAUGUGCGUUGCCACUGUCCGUACGCUAUCUCAUACUUUAAGUGUUACAGUCAUGAGUAAAUCAAAUGCUCCUGGAGAAAAAUCCCAAUUAGUUGAAGUUAAAGAACAACGAGUUAGCAAUUUACUCAUUCAUAUCAUGAUAGGCGCUUCCUUAUUCUUAACUGAUGUCCUUCGAUUAAUCCCUAUACCGGUUCUUUAUGGUGUUUUCCUAUACAUGGGAUUUACGUCCUUAAACGGAGUUCAGCUAAUAGAAAGAAUUAAGAUGCUGAUUAUGCCUUCAAAGUACCAUCCAGAAACUAUAUUUGUUCGCAAUGUGCCAACAAGAAAGAUUCAUCUUUUCACUUUAGUACAAAUUGUAUGCAUCGUCGUCCUUUGGGUUAUCAAAUCGACCGAUGCUUCUAUUGCUUUCCCACUCUUUAUAAUUUUGACUAUUCCAGUUCGCUGGCAAAUGAAGCACUUUUUCACGAGAAGAGAACUGAUAGCACUUGACAACGACGGUAAAACUCCAUUACCUGACGAUGAAGAAGAUGAAGUUGAAGUUAAAUCGCCGGAUUUUGGAGCAGGUCAUAAAGAUGGAACUGAAACUUCUGUUAAAUCUGCUGCUUCUCCAGUCUAG